AUGUCGGCAACAAGGUCCGCCGCGCCACGCUUGCGGCUGCUGCAGUCUCAGCCGCUUGCAAAGCGUCUCUUGCACUCCACUUCCAGUAGCUGUGCCGCACCAGCUGCGGCCUCCAGCUCCGCAGCGGUAACGUCUGCUCCAAUCGCCGACACAGGUAGCGCAUCGUCUUCAUCGAACAAGAUCAUCAGCUCGCUCAUCCUCUCCAGACCGCCGGUCAUCCUGCGCGAGCCGAGCAGCUUCGAAAAGGCCUACCACGAAUACAAUCGCCAGCUCUCUGAAGCGCUGCAGCAACCCUUCCCGAAGGACUUUUACUUCAAGAAGGGAUCCGCAGCCGAGAAGCGCUUCGAGGAGGAUCAGGCCAGCUCGCCACAAGGUUUCUCAGCCAUCGCCGCUGCUGCCUCAGGGUCGGCGUCGAAGAGCAAGGCCGGCAAAGGCAAGGAGGCUGCUGCUACGUCUUCCUCUCCUUCGUCCUCGGCUGCUGAGGGUGACGCAGAGAGCCGACCAUUGUCAAGAAUCACCAAAGCGGAUGAGAACAACGACGUCCGCAGUCUAGAAAGGAGGCUCGAUCGAACACUCUACCUCGUAGUCAAGCAAAAGUCAGUCAAGGGCGCUGCCGCCUGGCGUUUCCCAGCCAAGGCACUCACCGACACCAAGCAUCAGAAUCUCCACGACGUUGCGCCUACAUCCGUUUCCGAAAGUUUGGGCUCGAAGAUGGACAUCUGGAUGGUGUCAAAUCUUCCGGUAGGAUUGUAUAAGCCGGCAGACGCCGCGGCUGAAAAGACGUACUUCCUGCGAGGGCAUGUACUCGCUGGAAACGCCGAGCUGUCCGAUUCCAAAAGCGGGCAAGUCGAGGAGUUCCAAUGGCUCACAAAGGAGGAGAUCGAGAAGCUGAUGGAGUCCAACUACUGGUCGAACGUUGAGGACCUCCUCGAUCCGUGA